UCUGGUCUAUUAGAAUAAAAGGAAAUUGCCGGAAGUAGCAAAGCCACCGGAAACUACAAUUCCCAGAAAACUGCGAGGACUUUUUCCGCAACUGAUCCUUAACUCCGCCGGGGUUUGAUUUUACUGUAUGUGGGAAAGUAGCGUCAUGACGCAAAGAAGGCGGGUCCGGCGUGAAAGCAAAGGGAAGUAUUCGAUCCUUUUUUCGUGGUUGGCUGGCUCAGUUGCGGCGGGGGACCUUCUUGGAGGACUAGCUCAUCCCUUGGCUUUUUGCGGUUGCGCCAAGCGCUCCCAGUAGCGGCUUCGGAGCCUGGUCUACUUGGGGGUCGUGAGAGGUGGGAACGUCGGUGGGUCUGUCCGAUUCUUCUUCAUGGAGGUGGGCCUUUGCGCCCAGCCCUUGCUUACGGUGCCUGGCUUUCUUUAUUGGCGUGAACAUGAACUGGUAGUGGUGGGACCCGGCGGAGCUGGUUAGUUAGCGGGCUACUUGGCUAACGCGGGAGGGGCUGGCUCGCUGCCUGCUCCAGCGGCGGUCAGUCGAUCUGGUGGGGAUAGAAGAGGCUUUGGCGUCACCCCGCCAUGAACUAUCAGCAACAGCAGCAACAGCUGGCGAAUUCUGCGGCCAUCCGGGCGGAGAUCCAUCGGUUCGAAUCGGUGCAUCCCAACAUCUACUCCAUUUAUGAGUUACUGGAAAGGGUGGAAGAGCCCGUGCUGCAAAACCAGAUCAGGGAGCACGUCAUCGCCAUUGAAGAUGCUUUUGUAAAUAGCCAGGAAUGGACACUAAGUCGAUCAGUGCCAGAACUAAAAGUGGGAAUUGUGGGGAAUUUAGCUAGUGGUAAAUCUGCUCUUGUACAUCGUUAUCUGACUGGGACCUAUGUCCAGGAGGAAUCACCAGAAGGUGGAAGAUUCAAGAAAGAGAUAGUAAUUGAUGGACAGAGUUAUCUAUUGUUAAUUAGAGAUGAAGGAGGUCCUCCUGAAGCACAGUUUGCCAUGUGGGUGGAUGCCGUUAUCUUUGUCUUCAGCCUUGAGGAUGAAAUUAGCUUCCAGACAGUGUACCACUAUUAUAGCCGUAUGGCAAAUUAUCGUAAUGCUAAUGAAAUCCCAAUGUUACUAGUCGGAACUCAGGAUGCUAUAAGUUCGAAUAAUCCUCGGGUCAUUGAUGAUACUAGAGCACGGAAACUAUCCAACGAUUUGAAGAGAUGUAUCUACUAUGAAACUUGUGCUACGUAUGGGCUGAAUGUGGAGCGAGUUUUUCAGGAUGUGGCACAGAAGAUUGUUUCAACCAGGAAAAAACAUCAGCUUUCAAUAGGUCCUUGCAAAUCUUUACCAAAUUCUCCAAGCCACUCAUCAAUAUGUUCAACCCAGGUCUCUGCAGUACAUAUUAGCCAGACCAGUAAUGGAGGAGGGAGUUUAAGUGAUUAUUCUUCCUCUGUCCCGUCUACUCCAAGCACCAGUCAGAAGGAACUACGAAUUGAUGUGCCACCUACUACUAAUACUCCAACACCUGUUCGUAAGCACUCCAAGCGCCGGUCCAACCUUUUCACAUCUCGGAAAGGGAGUGAUCCAGACAAAGAGAAGAAAGGAUUGGAGAACAGAGCAGAUAGUAUUGGAAGCGGUCGUGCAAUCCCAAUUAAACAGGGAAUGCUUUUAAAGAGAAGUGGUAAAUCAUUAAAUAAAGAGUGGAAGAAGAAAUAUGUUACUCUUGGGGACGAUGGUGUAUUGACCUACCAUCCAAGCUUACAUGACUAUAUGCAAAAUGUUCAUGGAAAAGAAAUUGAUCUUCUGAGGACCACAGUUAAAGUGCCAGGGAAGAGGCCACCUCGUGCCACAUCAGUCUGUGCACCUAUCUCUAAUCAAAGAACAAAUGGCUUGUCCAAAGAGAUGAGCGGUUUACAUAUUUCACCAAAUCCAGGAAAUGUGACUACUAGUACAUCUGUGUCUCAUAUGACGAGUGGCAUCAGUCUUCUUUCCUUUAACAGUCGACCUGAUGGGAUGCAUCAACGAUCCUAUUCAGUUUCUAGCGCUGACCAGUGGAGUGAAGUGACAGUUAUUGCAAAUUCUGGUAUCAGUAAUGAUACUGGUUUGGGAGAUUCUCUGUGUUCCAGUCCAAGUAUAUCUAGCAAUACGAGUCCUAAAUUGGAUCCACCACCUUCCCCUCAUGCAAACAGAAAAAAGCAUCGAAGGAAGAAAAGCACUAGCAAUGUUAAAGCUGAAGGUAUCUCAGGAACUGCUGAAGAUCAAGAAGAAAAUUUUGAAUUUACCAUUGUGUCCCUUACUGGCCAGACAUGGCACUUUGAAGCUACAACAUAUGAAGAAAGAGAUGCCUGGGUCCAAGCAAUAGAGAGUCAGAUUCUGGCCAGCCUACAAUCGUGUGAAAGCAGCAAAAAUAAGUCCCGACUGACAAGUCAGAAUGAGGUCAUGGCUCUUCAGUCAAUAAGAAAUGUCAGAGGAAAUUCUCACUGUGUAGAUUGUGAAAUACAAAAUCCCGAUUGGGCAAGUUUAAAUUUGGGAGCUCUCAUUUGUAUUGAAUGCUCAGGGAUACACCGAAACCUUGGUACACAUUUAUCACGUGUCCGUUCACUUGACUUGGAUAAUUGGCCUGUUGAACUCAUCAAAGUAAUGUCCUCCAUUGGAAAUGAAUUAGCAAAUAGCAUAUGGGAAGAAAAUACCCAAGGCCGUACAAAACCGCUUCCAAACUCCACAAGGGAAGAAAAAGAGCAGUGGAUCCGGGCCAAAUACGAGCAAAAACACUUUCUUGCUCCAUUGCAAUGUUUAGACCUUUCUUUAGGUCAGCACCUACUACGAGCAACUGCAGAGGAAGAUUUGCGGACUGUCAUCCUGCUUCUUGCACAUGGAACACGUGAAGAAGUGAAUGAAACCUGUGGAGAAGGAGAUGGGCGAUCAGCUUUACAUUUGGCUUGCAGGAAAGGAAACGUCGUGUUGGUGCAGCUCUUAAUUUGGUACGGUGUUGAUGUUAUGGCAUGCGAUGCCCAUGGAAACAGUGCUUUAGCCUAUGCGAGACAAGCAACAAGCCAAGAAUGCAUUGAUAUCCUCCUGCAAUAUGGUUGUCCAGAUGAGCACUUUGUCCUUAUGGCUACUCCCAAUUUAUCCCGGAAGAAUACUAAUAAGAACAACAGCAGUGCAAGGAUGCCUUCCAUCAUCUGAGUAAUUUAAUUCGUCUUCAUCUUCUUCUACAACCUUGUAUUAGCUUGAAAGUGGAAAUCUAUGUCUCUAAAAAAAUUUGCUUCCCUGCUUCCUCUUUUCAUUUCCACCAGGAUGUUGUUAAUAGCUCUGAGAGUGUUAAUACACAAGGAAAAAAAGAAUUACGGAAACCAUUUAUAGUAAUGCAAUGAUUUUGAAUGAAAACAAUAUACAAGGGAGAAGAUGAAGAGGGAUCAUGGAUAUGCUAAUGAAAUAGCUCAUGACGGUGGGGGGGACCAUUUUACUGGAUGUCUCUAGGUGGGUUUUUUAGGAGUAUUGCAUGAGAGUUACCGGAGAGACAAUACAGGGGAAAAGAGGGGGAAAAAUGUAACUUUCUUUAACUGACAGUUAAACGCAUUCAUACAUUUUAUCUCUACCAAACUGAACAUUUGGGUUUCAUUCUCUUUUCCAAAGAGCUUGACGGCAUAAAUCAGAGGCAAGCACAGAGUUUGUCAGGUCUGAAGCUCCUAUGAUGGUAUGUGUCAAAUCAGUUGUAGCUAAUCUGUCCAGAGAGAAUACUGGCUUCAUUACACUUAUAUAGUUGAGUUCUUCCAGCAUUACUGCUGUUUAAUAGAACAUGAUUAGUCAUCAUGGAGAAAAAGGCAUAUUAGCCGAGGAGGUAGUUACAUGGCACGCUUCAGUGAUUGCUUGGAUGUGAUUGCAAUAUUCUUAGAAGCAUCAUAUUAUCUCAGACAUGUUCUUUCAAGCACUUGGAGCCUUCCUUUCUAAAUUCACUGUCAUAAUUUAGUAUCUGUUUAAUUUUUCAGUCCAAAGAGAGAAAUCCAGUUGCUGAGCAUUAUUUGACUACAGCCUCAUUGCUGGAAAAACAAAAUAGAAAAAAAUAUAUAAAUAGCCAUGAAAUGCAAAGAGGAAUAACGAAUAUCACUAGCAAAAAUAUAUUUCAUGUACAUUCAGUGAGAAUAACUAUAUAAAAAGCCUUCUUUUUAAUAUUGUGUCAUUUUCACCAAGAUAAAUUAGCUGGAAUCUUUCAUGUGCAUUUCCUAAAUUAAGCAGAUUUUGCAUUUGUAUUUCUUGGUUAAAAGUAUAAAAAAAAGAAUUCUAAAUGUUCAUAAAUAUGCAUUUAUUUUUUUAAGUACAUACACUUUUGUUAAUUUAUAAAUUGCAAUUAAUGUAAAAUAACUUGCAGAGAGUAAUAAUCUAAAGAUCACAGAUCAUAAUGAUAAAUCAUGGAAACAAUGCCAGGUUUUUUUUAUUCCUUUGAUGGAGACCACAUCUGAUUAUCGUAUUGGCACAUUUGUUUAUAGAAAAAUGAUCAUGAAAUAUGAUUUGGAAGGGCAGGAUUUGCUUUCCAGAAACACAAAUAUCCACUGCUUAUUGUUGUGGCACUGUAUACUCUCAGUGGAGGAAGGCUGAAAACUGUAAGCAAAAAAUGCAGAAAACGAGGCAUGUCCUAGUUACCUUGAUAUUACUCUUUUAAAGGGAAUAUGACUUCUUGCAUUCCAAAGCAAUUUGGUUGAAUAGGCUGACUUGGAAAGAAUCUAGCAUUUAAGUAUAGAUUAUAAUCAUUUUAUUAUUUUAAGUAGCACUGUACCAUUUCUUGUUUUUCCUUUCUUUGUUUGAGAAAAGAAAAACAUAAUAGACAAUGAAGAUUUGUUAAUACUAGAUAGAAAAAGUCAUAGGCAAUUUUUAAGACCAACUGAACAGUUCCUAUAUGUAUAUGUAUAUGUAUUUGUUUGAAGGAAAAAUAUUUGGAGAAAAUAUGACAUUGGAUUACAAAUGUAUCGAUAAGAUAAAAAAAGAUUUUGAACUGUUUCUUGAAAAAUUAAGAAACAGUUGAAUUUAUUUAUUGGCAUGGCUUUCUGCUUUCAUAUAUUGUGUUUCUAAGAUUUUAAAGAGCUAGGAAUUAUUUAUGAUAGCAAUCUCACAAUAUGAAUAUAAGUGUAUCUUUUGGAACAUAUGCAAACAUAUCAGUGUCUGCAGCAAGCCAAGUUAUGUCAAAAUGGUUACAAUGUAAACUGUACUCCUUAAGUACUACAUGGGAUGCCAUGAAUGCAAUACAAAAGAGGUGGGGUUUGCAUUGCAAUCUUCAGUCACAUAUUUUAUGAGUUGUCCUCCCUUGAGCCUGCUGUCCAUGAAACAGACACUAGUUUAAAAUAUCUUUCUUCACAGUUCAUAUUUAAUAGUUCUACCUAUUGUCUUCCAUUCACAAUGUAAGCUAGCUGACAUGUUCUUGAAUACCUCUACCAACUGCAGGGGAAGGACAGGAGAAUAUGCGCUGUAUUUCAGAGAGGCACUGGACUUCUUUUAAGUUACACUAAAACAGGCCUGUCAAAUAGGCAGCCUACUGGCUGGAUAUGGCCCACACAGGCCAGGCCACCCUGGCUCUGCAAAGGCAAAAAACAUUGCGAUACAUCAUGAUACGGAUCAUGAAGUGAUCAAGUUUGACACCCCUGCACUUGGAAAGAAUCUAGCAUUUAAUUAUAGAUUAUAAUCAUUUUAAUAUUUUAAGUAGCACUGUACUAUUUUUUGUUUUUCCUUCCUUUGUAUUAGAAAAGAGGUUUAAUUUACUAUUAAAUAAUGGGGGGGGGGAGUUUAGUGGAGUAUGAAGAAUAAGUAAUAAAUGUUUACCGGUAAUAUCUGGUAGAAGAGGUAGGAAAAUAGUCAUAGUAAAGAACUGUGGAAAGAACGAAGAGAAAGGGGGAAUGCAUCUUGAGCUUGUGUCAAACGCCCACCAUGGCCAUGCCCAACCCCGGCAACCCACCACCUCGGCCCUCCAAGGUCAAAUACAGCCCUGAUGCGGCCCUCAGUGAAAUUGAGUUUGACACCCCUGCUUUAGGGCAUUCUUCUUGUUAUCAUGCUAUGGUAUAUCUAUACUGGGAGAUCUUUAGAUAGAAGUGAUUCUUCAUAAUAAAUCUACCUUGAGUUGAUCCUUGAUGACCACAUUAAGAAAUCUAUGUUGUUUUCUUGGCAACAGUAUAGAAGAGGUUACUCAUUGUCUUUUCCAAUAUUUUAAUUUUCCAAUCUAGUACCAUCUUUACAGACCUGGGGCUUUCUGCUGGUCUUUCAUCCAGGAACUAAUGAAGUCCAGUUAGAUGUCAUCAUAUUUUAUGGUUAUAACAAAUUAUACACCUCUCCCUCCCUCCCUCUCUCUCUCCACACUCCUAAGUGAAAGGAAGGCAUGUAAAAGUUUAUGUAUGUAGUACAUAAACUAGUGUGUGAAUGUGUUUGUGUGUGCAUACAGACACACAUACACAUACAUUUUAGUGUCUUCUUUUCAGAUUAAGAGUGUGUCUUAAGAGUAUUGAUAUGUUAAAUAAUUGCCAGGUAUACAUUCAGUUUUACCAGUUUUACCAAGUCUCUUUACAUGUUUGCACAACAUUUAUAUGUAUCUGUGGUUUGUUCAAAGUGGUUUAAAACUGUAAGUUUUUCAAUAAGCCUAGACAGUAGCAGGUAAACUCAGGCAAGUGCGAAUCCUACUUCUUGAUUUUUGUCUACUAUUUGCACUGUGUUGUGAAUGUGUUGCUAUAUUUGUCACAUUUUGAAUGAAACAUUCUCUUAUAUAUUAUACCUGAUUCCUUCCUAAUUUGGAUAUUUGUAUAUAUGUGGCUAUACAUAUUUCAAGUACAUUAUCCCCAGCUUUUAAGGAAAGAAUUACCAAAUAUCCCUGAUUUAGUUUAUAGUUUGUAAACUUGUCAAAUCUCCAAAAAGAAUUUUAUUCCGGUUAGAAAAAGAAUUCAUUAUCAAACAAUACAUCUAGGUAUAGAUUGAGAUGUGUUUUGAAUUCUGAUAGUAAUUUAAAAGAACAAAUUUCUAUAACAAUUGGCAAUUGUUUAAUCACUUCACAGUUUCUUCACUUGGCCAUCUUUUCCCCACUUCAUCAACAACAGUGUCUUCCUUAUUACAGCUGUCCACUAAGAUGACUGUGCUCACUGCAUGUACAUUUCAGUCGUAGCACAUUUUACCAGUAAUGAAAAAAAAUUCUUUCUGCAAAAAUAGAUAUAUUAUUUUCCACUUAAGUUACACUUCUCCAAUAUACCAUUUAAUUAUUAAAAGUAUUUAACUAUUAAUUAUUAAAAAGCAAUUUUCAUUUAUCAUAUCAAUUCCUAUGGGAAAAGUUUUUCCAGAAAAAAAAAAUCCAGACAACAUCUGUGCUACAAUCAGAAAGCAAGAACUUAUCUUCA